UGGAGUGCAACGCCAUCUUUGAGGGUGCCGCUAUCUUGGAGAGCUGCUGUGGACGGUGACCAGAUAGAGGCGUCCCAAGUCUCAUAAGUUGUCAAAGUUGGAGGUGACGUGUCCUCAGUGCCAGCCUUCCUGCCCGCACGCCCACCUGCAGUCCCUGACCUGUGUCAUCAUGCCUCGGAGGCACAAUAAGUACCAUGCCCGUGUGAAACGCCACCAGGUCCGGAGGGACACUCAGUGUCCCCAGGAGGCCCAGGCCAGUGCUGCUGCAGCCGCAGAAGAGGAGUGCCCCUCCUCCCCCUCUUCUGUCCCUCAGGGUUCUCCCCUGAGCUCCCCUGCUGCUGGCGAAAGCCAGAAGGUUCAGGGAGCCAUGGCCCCUAGCUCUCCUGAUGCAGGGGCUUCCUGGGCAGGAUCUGAUGAAGGUGCUCAGGGCCCAGAGGAGGAAAGUGCAGGUGCCUCCCAGGCAGCCCCGGCCACUCAGAGCACUCUCAAAGAUCCUCUGACCAGGAAGGCCAACAUGCUGGUGGAGUUCCUGCUGGAGAAGUACGGCAAGAAGGAGCCCAUCACGCAGAACGCCCUGCUGACGGUCGUCAACAGGAAGUACAGGCAGCACUUCCCCGAGAUCCUCAGGAGAGCCUCUGAGCGCAUGGUGCUGGUGUUUGGCCUGGAGCUGAAGGAAGACGACCGCAGCAGGAACAUCUAUGUCCUCAUUAGCAAGCUCAACCACAGGGGUAAUGGAGGUCCUAGUGAUGAGAAGGGGCUGCCCAAGUCUGGUCUCCUCAUGGUGCUCCUGGGGGUCAUUUUCAUGAAGGGUAACCGGGCCACUGAGGAGGAGGUCUGGGAAUUCCUCAGUGUGUUGGGGGUCUACGCUGGGAGGAGGCACUCAAUCUUUGGGGAGCCCAGAAGGCUCAUCACCAAAGAUCUGGUGCAGAAGAAGUAUCUGAAGUACCUCCAGGUGCCCAAUAGUGAUCCUCCGCGCUACGAGUUCCUGUGGGGCCCGAGAGCUUGUGCUGAGAUCAGUAAGAUGAAGGUGCUGGAGGUUCUGGCCAAGAUCCAUGAUACGGUCCCUAGUGCCUUCCCAGACCUCUAUGAUGAGGCUCUGAGAGAUCAGGCGGAGAGAGCAGGGCUGAGAGUUGCGACCCAGGCUCCAGCUAUGGCUGAGGCCAGUGCCCCUUCCAGGGCCAAGUCCUGCAGCUCCUCCCACAUCUAGGGAGGGGGGCAGGGCGCUUUGUUCCCUUUGUGUUGGAAGAGAGCAGUCAUGCUCCUAAAUAGUGCAGGGUAGUAGGGGUGGAGGGAACAAUACCCAUGUGUUCUUACAGUUUUAAGUAGUAAGGGAGUUUACCUGUAGUUCGUUUUAACAAAAUAUGUAUCUUUCCCCCUUUAUCCAUAGGAGAAAUAUUUAGUGAAAGAUGAUUUAAAGUAGAUAGGUAAAGAGAUGAGGGAGGUGUUAAGUAUUUUGUAAUGUUGCUACUUUUGACAAGGUUUAUUGUACUUCAGAAUACAAAUGUAUGGAUCAUAUAAAUCAUAGUUCUUUGCUGUUUUAAAGUUUUGAAAGCCACAGUUUGGGUAUUUGUAAAACACACUGGAAGUACUGAAUAUAUUGUUCACAAUCCAAACAAGGUAACAUGACUUUGGAACAGAAUUUUCUUGAAGAGUAGUCAAUCUUAUAAACAGUGCAAGGUAGUCGGAGUGGAGUAAACCAAGUUUAGAUCUCACUACUCUGUUUUACACGAGUAACUUCUACAUAUUAUUUAUUUCCUUUUUUCCAAAUGUUUUUACUUCUAAGUUUGUUUUUGUUCAGAAUAUUAAUUUGGUAAUGAUAUUGCUGUUACAUUUAUUGCUGUUUUAAGAGUUUUAAAGUUACAGUUUCGGUAGAUGUAAAAGAGAUUCACAAACCAUCUUUACUGUCUCUAUGAUCUGAAAGUAGGUAACAUGGCACUGAAAGAGAUUUUCAUGGUGAUGCAAAGAGGACCACAGAAAAUACUAAGAAGCAAAAAGAAGUGGAGGAAAAAAGUCUUUUAAGUUGUUGUUUACCUUAUUUCUUUUAAACUUUCUAUUAGUAAAAAUAAAAAAUACUUUGGCUUAUUUAGCUCA